AUGAGUGGUUUGGAGGAAGACGAGGACACAGCAGAGUCUCCAGGAUCCAGCCGUCUGUCUAUGAAGAGCGAUCGGUCCAAAAAUCCUCCUCCAGUCUUCAGUGCUGAUCCUGGACCCUCAGACGAAGAAGAGAAGAAGAGUCGUCGUGUUCAUGUGGAGGAGCAGCUGUCCUGCUGUGCUUUGUGUCAGGACGUCCUGAAGGAUCCAGUCUCUACCAGCUGUGGACACUGGUUCUGCAGACACUGCAACUCCUCAUACUGGGACCAGUCUGCUUCAUCAGGACACUGCUCCUGUCCCCAGUGUGGAGAAAGAUCCAGAACCAGAGCUGGACUGCAGACAUCCAGUCAGAGCAGCUGUCUUUUGUUCAUCUUUGACGGCCUGGAUGAAAGCAGACUUUCAUUGGAUUUCACCAACAGGAAGCUGCUGUCUGAUGUCACACAGAAGUCAUCAGUCAGCCAGCUGCUGACAAACCUCAUCCAGGGGAAUCUGCUUCCCUCGGCUCUCGUCUGGAUAACUUCCCGACCCGCAGCAGCCAAUCAGAUCCCUCCUACAUGUGUUGACAGGCUAACAGAAGUACGAGGCUUCACUGACGCCCAGAAGGAGGAGUACUUCAGGAGGAGAUUCAGUGAUGAAGAGCUGUCCAGCAGAAUCAUCUCCCACAUGAAGACAUCCAGGAGCCUCCACAUCAUGUGUAGAAUCCCAGUCUUCUGCUGGAUCACUGCUACAGUUCUGGAGCACAUGUUGACUACAGAGCAGAGAGGAGAGCUGCCCAAGACCCUGACUGACAUGUACUCACACUUCCUGCUGGUUCAGACAAAGAGGAAGAAGAACAAGUACCAUGAGGGACAUGAGACGAGUCCACAGGAGCUGACUGAGGCUGACAGGGAAGUUCUUCUGAAGCUGGGGAGGCUGGCGUUUGAACAUCUGGAGAAAGGAAACAUCAUGUUCUACCAAGAAGACCUGGAGCAGUGUGGUCUGGAUGUGACAGAGGCCUCGGUGUACUCAGGAGUUUGUACAGAGAUCUUCAAAAGAGAGUGUGUGAUCUUCCAGAAACCAGUCUACUGCUUUGUUCAUCUGAGCAUUCAGGAGUUUCUGGCUGCAGUCUACAUGUUUCACUGUUUCACCAACAGGAAGUCAGAGGUGCUGGAGGAUUUUCUAAAAGAAAAAUUUUUAACCGAGAAGAUUUCCAGUCUUUUUCUCCAACCACUGGACAUCUUUCUGAGCAGAGUUAUGGAGAAAUCCCUGAACAGUAAAGAUGGCCACCUGGACCUGUUCGUUCGUUUCCUUCAUGGCCUCUGUCUGACAACCAAUCAGAGACUCUUAGGAGGUCUGCUGGGUCAGACAGAGAACAGUCCAGAAAUGAUCCAGAGAGUCAUCAGCAACCUGAAGCAGAUGAACCACGAUCAGAUCUCUCCCGACAGAAGUAUUAAUGUCUUCCACUGUCUGACGGAGAUGAACGACCUCUCAGUUUAUCAGGAGAUCCAGGAGUUCCUGAAGUCAGAGAACAGAUCAGAGAAACUCUCUGAGAUCCACUGCUCUGCUUUGGCCUUCAUGCUGCAGAUGUCAGACGAGGUUCUGGAUGAGUUGGACCUGCAGAAGUACAACACAUCAGAGGAGGGCCGCCGGAGACUGAUCCCAGCUGUGAGGAACUGCAGAAAGGCUCGACUCUCUAAAUGUGGACUCUCAGAGACUCACUAUAAAGUUGUGGCUUCAGCUCUGAAGUCCAGCCCCUCCCAUCUGACGGAGCUGACCCUGAACUUCAACAUCCUGCAGGAUUCAUCAGGGAAUCUGUUGUUUGAUGGGUUGGCGAGUCCAACCUGCAAACUGGAGACUCUGAGAUUGAUGGACUGCAGUUUAUCAGAAAUCAGCUGUGUAUCUCUGGGCUUGGCUCUGAAGUCCAACCCCCACUACCUGAGAGACCUGAACUUGAGUACAAACAAACUGCAGGAUUCGGGAGUGAAGCAUCUGUGUGGGUUUCUGGAGAGUCCAGAUUGUAGACUACAGACUCUAAGAUUGGGGAACUGCGGUUUGUCAGAGAUCAGCUGUGUAUCUCUGACUUCGGCUCUGAAGUCCAACCCCUCCCAUCUCAGAGAGCUGUGGCUGACCUGCAACGACCUCCAGGACUCAGGAGUGAAGCAUCUGUGUGGUUUUCUGGAGAGUCCGGGAUGCAGACUGCAGUUUCUGGGUUUGUGGCGCUGCAGUCUGACAAAGAUCAGCUGUUCAUCCUUGGCUGUAGCUCUAAAGUCCAACCCCUCCCAUCUGACAUAUCUGGACAUGUUGGGAAACAACCUGCAGGAUUCAGAUGUGACACAGCUGUCUGAUCUUGUGGAGAGUCCACACUGUAGCCUGGAGACGCUGAGGUGGAAAGAUGGGAGUGAAGUGGAGAGAAGGUGAGCUGUGUCCACCAUGAUCACCAUGUGAUUCUCUGGACCUUCUGAUGAGCUUCGUCUCUCUGUUAAAAGAAAAAGAAAAGUUAGCUGUAUUUCUCCACUAAAAAGUUUUGUUUAUAAUUUAUCAUUAUCAAGAUUGUCUAUAUGUGAAGUUGCCUCUCCAAAUGCUAAGCUCUGGUAAUAUUGAUUCAUUGAACAGUGGAAAUGUGUCAGUUAUUGCAGCUCUCACCUCCCACUCUGGAGAACAACACAAGUUUAAGAUCAUUGGGUACAGCUCGUACAUAAAACAAUAUUUCAUAUUUUCAUUGCUGGUUGUGUAGCAUCUGUAACACACUCCAAUAUCUGUAUGUAAAAACAAUGAGUUAAAGACGACAGAAUAUUAUUAAUACUAAGUGUAAAAAGAAUUAAAACUAGCAUGAAACUUAUGGAACACCUAUAAUUACCUGUAAAGACUAAAUAAAGUAAUUGUGAGCUGGAGGUCUAAAGCUCUUCAGUGGAGCAGCUUCUGCCAAUCUCCUUCGAGAAACUAAUUUCUGAUGCCAAAAUGCUGCACACGUGAGCAGAGUCAGGCAGGAAAACGGAUGAGUUGAGCUCCAAAGGAAAUGGACCAGUUCAAAGAAGGCUGGUGAGUGUUGGCGAGCAAUGGAGCCACAACAGUGAUACUCUACCGCAGAGAGAGCGACAGACACCAGACACCUGACAGCCAGGUGUCUGGUGUCUGACAUGAAAGAGUCGAGAGAGACUGACAGUUCUUUUUUAGCUAAUUCACUUCUCAUGCCAUCAGAAGGUCAGUGUAAAAAGGCUCCUGUAAAGCUUGUUUUACCUCUCCCACCUCCUAAGCUGAUAUCCAAAAAUCCACAGAGUAGUUUGCCACAGUCCUCUUACCUCGAUGCAGGGAAAACAGUCUUUGAGCUGCAGCAUCAGGACCCUCGUCAUAGAAAAAUCAUCACAUUAAAGCUAUGCUCCUCCCUUUACUGUAAGCUAAAAGCAUGUAUCUCUCUCUGUCCCUCUGACCUCUUUGUCCCAGGUCUUGUUGUGGCUCCUCUGUCUGUUAUCCAAAGCACAGUUGGACUCAUGUACAAGUAUGUAACUGAAGUGUUUUUCUGUAAGAGCGUCACAGUGUAUAAAUAUGUGUCUAAAUGAAACCGUCGAGCGCUUGUACAGACGUUCGCUGUGUAUGCUGUUUCUUCCUUGCAAGUAAAAGAAAAAAACGUG